AUAUUAGACGAUAUCGAUGUUACAGAAAAACAACACAUGGCUUGCCUCAACUGAUAUUCGUCCUGAUUGUGUGGUCUUCUAGCAAUGGCCAUCUACGCAGUCUUCGUCUACGUGCUUAUAUUCCAAAUCUAUGCGAGUUCUGCAGCUUUUGACGAUUACGGUGGAGUCUUCUAUGUCGCCAAUACUAUGAUCACGUUGGUGGUCUGCCAGUAUGUUGAUAGAGACUUCCGUAGAGACGAUGAGUCAGAAACGCGAAGAUCAUCCACUUGCGAUUGUCCACGAUUAACCUACGGCAUCGAAUAUGAACAUGCAGAGAUCAAGAAGCCAGCGAUGAACAAUUGCGAGUAUCAGCAUUGUGUUUUUGAGAUUCAACCAGCAGAUAACUCAAGUCUUGCACUGACUGUCGAGUCAGUCCUAUUGUCUCUUCGUGACACUGUACGUAUCUAUCAGUACUUCACUGUGAAUGGAUCCGAGAUUGAGCUUUUGCAUUGCGCCGAGCUGAAGACUAUGCAUGAAAAUUACGUUUUCACAGCAACUACUGGAAUUGGAUUUCGCAUACAUUCUCAUUCGUAUAGACGAUACUAUAGCACUACAGCGUUCACGAUAAGUUUCGAUCGUGUGGGACCAGAAGUACAAACAUGUCCAUAUCCCUAUCUCGUGGCCUCUCCGAAUUUCCAGGAAGUACCGUCUUUUGAUCGUCCAGGGCAUAUGUGUUGUCCUUUUCGACUUGUAUCAUCAGUGCCUGGACGCAAAUUGUAUUUCAUCUUCAACCAAUUAAAAAGUGUCGUUUUUGAUCAGAAAGGAGAGAGUGAGGUCUUUUUUAAGAGGAUAAGCCUAUCAGGAUCACGCUUAGUCUCUGCAACGGAUACUGUAGACUUUUUGCUGACAAGAUCUGUCAGUUUCCAGCCGAAGUUCAACAUUUCUUAUAAGGAAUUCAUUGAGGACCCGUGUCACUGCGACAGAUCGGAUGUAAUUGUUGGCAAUACGCCAGUGUUCGUAACGUCACCAGGAUUUCCUGAUCUCUACUGCUCUAAUUUCCGAUGCAGAAAGAAAUUUUUGCACAACACAACUCUUCAUGACAAUAUGUCGCCAACAUUUGUGGUUACUAUACAUUACAUGAAUACUGACAAACAAGAUUAUCUUGAUUUCUUCAUCGAUGGAAUACUUCUGGAAAGAUUAAAUGGAACAUACGAUGACAGCAAAAUUGUCUUGACCGGUGACGCUAUGGAGACUGAAUUUGUAACAGAUCGACUGGUCACCCGUCAUGGAUUCAACAUGAGCGUUGAGUCUGUAUGGAUGCCUCAAGAAUGUACUUGUCCCCACAAGGGAACAAAAGUGAUGCAAACUCAAGGCAACAUACAAAUGGAUAUACCACCACACUGUAGGUUAAUGUACUGUAAGUGGGAUGUACCGAACUCCUACUAUGCCUCGCAAUUCACAUCGACAUUCAAUUUCACAUCGGAAUUCGAUACGUUGACUGUUGUGACAGGAACAGAUGUGCGACGAUUCUCAACAAUUACCGGAAAACAGCUGAAACGUCACUGGAAACGCGUUGAGCGUACUGAUACCGUAAUUCUCUUCCAAAGAAUGUUACCUGAGAAUUAUACUCUUGACUCUAUCGCAUCAUUUUCUGUGAAAUGGAUGGGUACAGAUGACUGUUCAUGCGAUGAACUGGAGCCACAAAUCCAUCAGGCUGUUGUUGGAGAGUGGAAAGAGUUGACAUCUCCUGGUUAUCCGAUACCGUACUGUAGCGACCUAGUUUGUGUAGAUAGGAUUGUUGCUCCAGCUGGACACCAUGUCGUAUUGAAUAUUACGGAAUUUUACACGGAACCAUACAACGAUGUAUUGGCGCUAUUUGAUGGUGAGAACACAACCGGAAAACAUAUCGAUGUAUUUCAUGGAAAACGUUCAUUUCCAUAUCUCAUUCGGAACGAAAAUCAAACAUUAUCUCUAGUCUUCAAAACGGAUCACGAUGUCUCGUUCGAUGGCUUUAGAAUGCUGUUCUCAGCUGAGCCAAACGAUGACUACAGCCCACAGCUAAAGACCCAGAUACACGCGUCAACAAUUGCUAUUUUCGUUCUAGUCCUAUUAUUAAUAGCUGCAAGUGCUGUUGCUUUGUAUAGAAGAGUCCCCAAUCGAUUCGAUAAUCCAUUAUACGUGCCCUCAGUAAGCUAUUCGGAUGACGCGUCUGACACUGCAACGGAAAGGACUUUCUUUGGAUAGACCGCAAACCCCAAACAGUCAGUGGCUCUAACAUUCCAGGAUAUUUUGGUGCUUCACUGCGACUUACAACCUGCC